AUGGGACACCCAGAAUCUGAGACAUUCAACACCACCGAGAGGGUCCUGCUGCACCUGCUCAGGCCCUUGUUGAAGGACAGCAGCAUCAGCUCCCUCUUCAUUGGCUGCCAGCUGACUGCACUCAGGCCUAAAGAAGAUGGAGCAGCUACUGGAGUGGAUGUUGUCUGUACGCACCGGGCUGACCCCACAAGCUCUGGACUGGACAGAGAGAGGCUCUACUGGGAACUGAGCCACAAGACCCGCAGCAUCACCCAACUGGGCUCCUACACCCUGGACAGGGACAGUCUCUACAUUAAUGGUUACACCCAUCGAGGCUCAGCACCUACCCCCAGUGCUGCUGUGACUUCCACACUCUUCUCAGGAACCUCCAUGGCACCAGUCUCCUACUCCAGUUCCACAGCAGUCCCCUUCCUGGUGCCAUUCACCCUGAACUUCACCAUCACCAACCUGCGGUACACAGAGGACAUGCAGCUCCCGGGCUCUGGGAAGUUCAACUUCACUGAGAAGAUUCUGCAGCGCCUGCUCCAACCCUUGUUCAAGAAUAGUAGCCUGGGAUUCCUCUAUGCUGGCUGCAGCCUAGACUCACUCAGGUCUGAGAAGGAUGGGGCAGCCACCAGAGUAGAUGCCAUCUGCACCCACCACCCUGACCCCAAAGGCACUGGACUGGACAGAGAGUGGCUGUAUUGGGAGCUGAGCAAGAUGACCCACAGUGUCAACCAGCUGGGCCCCUACACCUUGGCCAGGGACAGUCUCUAUGUCAAUGGUUUCACCCAUCGAGAGUCUGCACCCAUCACCAACACUCCUGGGACCUCCACAGUAGACUUGGGAACCUCCCAGAGUCCAUCCUCCUUACCCAGUACCACAGCCACUGGCCCUGCCCUGGUGCCCUUUACCCUCAACUUUACCAUCACCAACCUCCACUACAAGGAAGGCAUGCAGCAACCUGGCUCCUUGAAGUACAACACCACAGAGAUCGUACUACAGAGGCUGCUUGGGCCCUUGUUCAAGAACACAAGUAUCGGCUCCCUCUAUUCUGGCUGCAGACUGACUUCCCUCAGGCCUAAGAAGGAUGGCACAGCCACCAGAGUGGAUGUCAUCUGUACCCACCAUCCUGACCCUGAGGGCCGCAGACUGGACAGAGAGCAGCUUUACUGGGAACUGAGCAAGCUGACCCAUGGGGCCACCCGGCUGGACCCCUACACACUGGACAAGGGCAGUCUCUAUGUUAAUGGUUACACCCACCAGACCUUGGCCACCACCCCCAGCAUCCCUGGCCCAGCCCUGAUGCCCUUCACCCUCAACUUCACCAUCACCAACCUGCGAUACAUGAAGGACAUGCGACCAGGCUCUGCCAAGUUCAACUCCACAGAGUCAGUCCUACAACGGCUGCUCAAGCCCUUGUUCACCAACAGCAGCAUUGGUUUCCUCUACACUGGCUGCAGACUGACCACACUUAGGCCUGAGAAAGAUGGAGGAGCCACUGGAGUGGACGCCGUCUGUACCUACCACCCUGACCCUACAGGCCUUGGGCUGAACAGAGAGCAACUCUACUGGGAUCUGAGCCACCAGACUCAUGACAUCACCCAGCUGGGGCCCUACACCCUGGACAAGGACAGUCUCUAUGUCAACGGUGAGUACAAUUUCUUCUCUUCCUCCACUGCUGUAGCCCCUGGCCCUGUCCUGGUGCCCUUCACCCUCAACUUCACGAUCACCAACUUGCAAUACAUGGAGGACAUGAGUCUUCCAGGGUCCUUGAAGUUCAACACCACGGAGAGGGUCCUGCAGCGCCUGCUCAAACCCUUGUUCGAGAACACCACUGUCGGCCCUCUUUACUCCGGCUGCAGACUGACCUCUCUCAGGCCUGAGAAACAUGAAGCAGCUACAAGUAUAGAUGCCAUAUGCACCUAUCGCCCCAACCACACAGGCCUUGGGAUGGACAGAGAGCACCUGUACCAGGAGCUGAGCCAGCUGACCCAUGGCAUCACCCAGUUAGGCCCCUACACUCUCGACCAUAACAGUCUCUACAUCAAUGGUUACACCCACCAAACUUCAGAAACCACCCCCAGUGCCGUAGCCCUGGUGCCCUUCACCCUCAACUUCACCAUCACCAACCUGCACUACACCGAGGACAUGGGUCCUCCAGGCUCUGUGAAUUUCAACACCUCAGAGAAGGUCCUGCAGUAUCUGCUUGGGCCCUUGUUCAAGAACACCAGUAUUGGCCCCCUCUUCUCUGGCUGCAAACUGACCUCGCUAAGGCCUGAGAAAAAUGGGGCAGCCACCAGAGCAGACACCAUCUGCACCUACCACGCUGACCCUAAGUUCCCUGGCCUGGACAGAGAGCAGCUUUACUGGGAGCUGAACCAGCUGACCCACAGGGUCACACAGAUGGGCCCCUACACCCUGGACAGGGACAGUCUCUAUGUCAAUGCUCCUAAACCUGCCCUGGUUCCGUUCACCCUCAACUUCACCAUCACCAACCUGCACUAUAUGGAUGACAUGGGACACCUAGGCUCUGUGAAGUUCAACUUCACUGAGAAGAUCCUGCAGCAUCUGCUUGGGCCCCUGCUCAAUAAGACCAGUGUUGGCCCCCUCUACUCUGGCUGCACACUGACCUCGCUCAGGCCCAAGAAGGAUGGGAAAGCCACCAGAGUGAACAUCAUCUGCACCCACCGCCCUGACCCUGAUGGCCACAGGCUGGACAGAGAGUGGCUUUACUGGGAGCUGAGCCAGCUGACCCGUGGUGUCACACAAUUAGGUCCCUACACUCUGGACAGGAACAGUCUCUAUGUCAAUGGUUACACCCACUGGACUUCAGCCACCACCUCCAACACUGCUGAACCUGCCCUGGUUCCAUUCACCCUGAACUUCACAAUCACCAACCUGCGCUACACAGAUGCCAUGGGACACCCAGGCUCCGUAAAGUUCAACUUAACUGAGAGAGUCCUGCAGCGCCUGCUUGGACCCCUGUUCAAAAAGACCAGUGUCGGCCCCCUCUACUCUGGUUGCAGACUGGCCUGGCUCAGGCCUGAGAAAGGCAGAGCAAGCACUGGAGUGGACGCUGUCUGUACCUACUACUCUGACCCUGAGGGUCCUCAGUUGGACAGAGAGCAGCUAUACUGGGAGCUGAACGAGUUGACUCAUGGCAUCAACAGACUGGACUACUACAGCCUAGACCGGCAUAGCCUUUAUGUCAACGGUUACACUUAUGGAGCCUCAGCCUCAACCACCACCUCCGGGGAGGUCAGCAAGGAGCUGUUCACCCUGAACUUCACUAUCAACAAUUUGCGCUACUCAGCUGACAUGGGCCACCCCGGCACCCACAAGUUCAACAUCACAGACACCCUCAUGCGGCACCUGCUCAGCCCCUUGUUCCAGACAAGCAGCCUAGGAGCUCGAUACACAGGCUGCAAGGUCACUGCACUAAGGUCUGAGAAGAACGGUGCCUGGACAGGAGUGGACGCUCUCUGUACCUACCAGCAGCCCCCCAGUGGUCCUGGCCUACAUGCCAGGAAGGUGUUCCAUGAGCUGAGUUGGCAGACCCAUGGCAUCACCCAACUGGGCCCUUACACACUGGACAAGGACAGCCUCUACCUCAAUGGUUAUAACGAACGUGGUCCAGCUGAGCCUCCUACAACUCCUGAGCUGGCCACCACAAUCCUGCCCCCUUCAUCAGCACCUGUACAGCCAGAAGCCACCACAGCUACAGACCACACCCUGAAGACCCUCACACUCAACUUCACCAUCUCCAACCUCCGCUAUUCACCAGACAUGGGCAACCCUAGUUCUGCCACAUUCAACUCCACGGAGAGGGUCCUCCAGCACCUGCUCACACCCUUGUUGCAGAACAGCAGCCUGGGCCCCUUCUACUCAGCUUGUAGACUGAUCUCCCUCAGGCCUGAGAAGAACAGGACAGCAACCAGAGUGGACACCAUUUGCAGCUAUCACCCUGGUCCUGUGGGUCAUAGCCUGGACAGAGAGCGGCUAUACUGGGAGCUGAGCCAGCUAACCCAAGGCAUCACUCAACUGGGUAUCUACACCCUGGACAGAGGCAGCCUCUCUGUCAAUGAAGUGAAGCCAUCAGUUCAUCUACCAACAGAGAAACCAACAAGCAGUCCCAGCCCCCAGCACUACCAGCUGAAUUUCACCAUCACCAACCUACUGUAUUCCGAAGACAUAGCCCAGCCACACUCUACCAAAUACCAGCGGAACAAGAGAAGUAUCGAGGAUGCGGUGAGUAUGGGCUGCUCAACCAGCUCUUCCAAAACAGCAGCAUCAAGAGUUAUUUUUCAGACUGUCAGAUCUGUUCCCCACAGCAACCAUACUGGGGUGGACUCCCAGUGUGGCUUCUUCCCCUUAACUCGGAGACUGGACAAAAUCAUCAUCUAUGAGGAAUUUCUGCGGCUGACCCAGAAUGGUACCCAGCUUCAGAAUUUCACCCUGGACAAAAACAGUGUCCUUGUGGAUGACCUCCCCUUCUGGGCCAUCAUCCUCAUCUGCUUGGCAGGACUCCUGGGACUCAUCACCUGCCUGAUCUGCUGUUUCCUGGUCACCAUCUGUGUGCGGAAGAAGGAGGGAGACUAUGAAGUACAGCGCCGCCGCCUGGGCUAUUACCUACCACACCUAGAUCUGAGGAAGCUGCAAUGA